CCAUUGUUUACUCGGUCCAGAUCUGUGUCAGGUGGCUCUGUGGCUACUGCGCCAGUUUUUGGUUUGCCUUAUGCCCAGAAAUUUCUCUUGCUGAUUUUCUAGCCAAUUACUUAAGAAUCUUCCUAUUAAAAAUGUUAUUCUUGAAGACUUGAGAUUUAUAAAAUAUGCUGACAGCAACUCCUCCUUAUAAAAAAGUAAACAGAUCAGAGAAAUGGGUUUCAGUAAUUCAACGAUAUAGACUAAUCAUAGGAAUUCAUAGCAGUUAAGGGUUCAUAUCAGAUAACAACCCUUUUCCUUUCCUCUGAAGUCGUCCUCUUCUUCUUCUUCCUCUGCCUUCCGAGUUCACAUCCAAUACAAAGAUGGUUGUUUUCCUGCUAAAUAUGAUUUUCACGGCGUUGAGCACGUUAUCAAACCUCGUUUCUCGCCUAAUCUUCACCUUCAUGGCCUACCUUCUUGUGGUGGUGAUCCAGGCAUUCAAACUCCCCGGCCAAGCCAUCCAAGGUGCAUUAGAACAAGUCGCAGACGCCAUCAAGGGCUGCUUGGAGUAUCUGGUAGAGCUUGUUAUAGAAGCCGUAAGUACUGCCCUCUCUGCUAUCUUUGAUCUUCUCAAAGAAAACAUUUCAGCUUCUAUAGUUGCUACUGGCUCAGCCAUUGGAGCACUGAUGGACAUGAGCAGGACUUCAGUUGCUGCGUUGAUAGAAGAAUUACCGGGGCUUUUGGAGGGUUUUUUCGAGAUGAUUAUCACGAUGGUGACCGAUCUGUGGAAUAACUACAAUGAUGCUGUAGGAUAUGUCACCGAGAAUUCUUAAUUUCAUCAGUGUUUUUUGCAGAGUUUUUAGGUGUAAUAUAGAUUAAAAAGACAGUUGUUUCUGUUUAUUAAAGAAGAUUAGAGGUAUGCGAUCUUAUUUCAUGUCAUGAUUGAAUUUCAUAUAGAAUAGUGAUGUCUAGACAUGUAUAAUGUUCAUUAGUGUUUG